UAUUCCUACAAAGCUUUCAAAAUACUUACUGUACCCCGAAUAUAGGUACUGGGCAUCACUGCUAACACAUCGUUGCACAAUAUUUUUUUACUGUUCGAUCAUCUCUUUUUGAUAAAAAUGUCUUUCGCGGGAUGAACUCUGCGGGCCAAAGAUGGCGGGUGCUGAGGCGGGUCAGCCGCCAGGCGAGCACGGUGGCGUGGCAGGCCAGCAGCCUGGCAUCGCAACAUUAAAGUAUAGCGAUGGGUCGGAGUACAAAGGAACCCUUAAGCACGUGCACGGCCAGGGCCAAGUCCCGCACGGCAUCGGGACGUGUGUUUGGGUUGAUGGCAACCGCUACGACGGGGAAUGGCGCAAUGGGCUCAUGCAUGGGUUCGGCACGUACCAGUGGACAUCUGGACAGCGCUAUGAUGGGGAAUGGAAGGACGGCAAACGCGAUGGCGUUGGCGUCAAAAUGUAUGUCGAUGGAUCCACUUUCCAUGGCAUUUGGCGGGAAGGCAAGAAGCACGGGGUGGGCGUGUUCAAGCCUGCGUCCAAGGACAAGGACAAGGACCGAGCCAGGACGGUCGUCAAGACUAGCAGCGGAAAGCUACUUCUGGGUCACACGGCGGUGGACGGCGAUUCGGUUUCCAACCUCAACGCAUACGAAUCGGUGCAGCCAAUAGAAGUGACACCGCUGCAGGCUGACGCCUACAGCAAGGAGUCGUCCCACGCGGGAGGUGCCGAACCCACCCCAGCAGCAGCAGCAGCCGCAGCCGCUACUGGUGGUGGCGGUGCGGGGGCGCCGGGCACGUCUUCGGACGGGGUGGCGGAGGGGGAGCGGGAUCGGGAGCUGGAGCGGGGCCGGGACCGGGAGGGCCACCGGGAGCGGAUGCGGGAGCGGGAGCGGGAUAAGGAUCUGCGUGAGAAGGAGGGCAAGGUGGUGUUCAUUCGGGCGUUUGAGGAUGGCGUGUUGCGGAGGGAGGACAAGCUCAGCAGCGAGGACGCCAAGAUAAUCUUCGGGCAGCCGCAACAGUCGGAGGAGAAGCGCCGUGGCAGCAAGGCGAGGAAGAAGGUCAAGCGGGCUCUCGGGCUGGGGAAGAAGCUUCAGCAAAAGCAUGGGCAGCUGUUGUACAAGGGCAUGCCCGGGUACAACCUGAUGUUGCGGUUACAGCACGGCAUUCGAUGGAGUGUCGGCCGGGGCACGUACGGCAGGGCGGCUGCCGGACAUACGGCGGUGCCUCUGCCUCCCCCACCGCAGCACACCAACAGCCAGGGUGGGCCCAUGCCGCUCACCCACAAGCUUGGACCGUCGGAUUUCACGGAGAAGGUCAAGGUGUUUUUCCCCAGUGCGGGCAGCCAGGAGACUCCUGCGCAUCCCGCGGGGGACUUCAAGUGGAAGGACUACUCGCCACGUGUGUUUCGCAACCUACGCAACAUGUACGGCAUUGCUGACGCGGACUAUAUGUUGUCGCUGGGUGGCAGCAGCGCGCUGUGGCAGCUCAACUCCCCGGGCAAGUCGGGGUGCAUGUUCUUCCUGUCGGAUGAUGAGCGCUUUCUGGUCAAGACGAUGCGAAAGACGGAGAUCCGGACGCUCAUCGACAUGCUGCCUGAGUACUACAAGUACAUGGAGAGUCAGCCGGACAACUUGGUGAUCCGCUUCUUCGGAGUGCACGGCGUGAAGCAGGUGCACGGGCGGACCGUCAGAUUCGUAGUAAUGCAUAACAUGUUCAACACCGACCUGCAGAUCCACAAGAAGUUUGACCUCAAGGGCAGUACUGACGGACGUACGACAGGGCCUCGGGUGGAUCCCUACGACCCCAAGACCAUUUUCAAGGACCUGGACCUGGACCUGCAGUUCCUGCUCGACCCCAGUUCAUACGACCGAGUCAUACGCCAGAUCACCUCAGACGCGGAAUUCCUGAGGAAGGUGGACGUCAUGGACUACAGCCUGCUACUGGGGAUACACUUUUGCAGCCGCAUGCGGACCCCCGCACAAGAUAACGACAGCUCCAUCACGAAUCAGCACCCCACUGAACAGCAUCACCAGCUGUCUGAGCAGCAGCAGCGGCAAGGGACGGCGGUGAAGGGGCCGCCGGAGGGACAGCGGGGCGAGGCCGUUCCUAAGGGCGGCAGUCCAUCCGGCGGUCCUCCAGCGAGUGCGGGAGCGGGGGGAGGCUUCCAACAGAUUUCCCAGCCGCCGCAGCAGCAGCAGGCCGUGGCGUUGCAAUCCAUGAGCUCGCAUGAUUCGACGGACGGCGAGGAAACCACAGGUGGCGCCCGGCAGGUUCCGGGGGCCCUGGGUGGCGGCGACGACUCAGACGGCGAGCACGUGCGUAACUUUGAUCUUUUUUCGGACCGCCCAGAGCUGGAUAAGCAACUGCGGCUAAUCGAGGAGCGCAUGAGGGCGCUGGGAUAUAGCGAUCAGCGCAUUCACGACAUUCUCAGCCUGGUGCGACUGCGUAUCCUGGGCGACCAGAUGAAGAAGCGCUCCAAGAAAGCGUACAAGGUGUAUGACGGACCCAGCACGGUGCUCAUGGCUCUGGCAUCACGCCGGCACGGGCCGGAGGCUCUGCCCCGGCUGGAGGAGGCUGAUGAGCAGCCGGCGUCCGAAGACGAUAUGGAGGAGGCGCAACCCGGCAAGCAGCCGCCAUAUUUGGGUUAUCAGAUGCGAGCUCUUGCUGUCCAUAUGGACGGUGACCAGCCACCGGAAGAGGUGGUGCUGUGCUUCGGCAUUAUCGACAUCCUGCAGGAGUGGAACGCACGGAAGGUGCUGGAGCGCACCGUCAAGAGCUUCACGCACGACUCGUACGCGAUCUCCGUGGCGCCGCCCAAGUUGUACAGCGCCCGGUUCGCGGAAUUCCUGAUCAAGGCGGUGUUCAUGAACCCUGCAAGUGCCGCAGCGCGCGGGCUGCGGUUGCCGCCGCCCACUGCCGCUGCCUUCAGUGUUCAGGGCCCCACGGUGCACACCAUCAUGGAGGAGCGGGAAUCGGACUUCCAUCGAUGACGAUGCAGCGUCAGGACUACUACUGCUAUAGCCAUGCGGAUUUACUGAGCACUUCGGAUGGGGGUUAGGCAGCGCAUUCCAGGUUCUAGUUUAGAUAGAACGAUUCUGGCCAUUGCCGCGAGAACAUGAGUGAUACACAGCAGGAGUUAACUGCGUGCAGCUGUGGAGGUUUCUUCUUGGCAUUUGGGAAUAGAAGGGCCGUGAGGCGUGACAGGUCGCUUUACCAUGUCCACCUUUGCAGUGUAGGAGAUACAUGGCUUUGCUGGCGAUCAAAUUCUUGGACUGCGGAUACGGGAGGCGAUACUGGAUGAUGAUGCAACAUUGGUGUAGUUUUAAGACGCGGAUGACGAACUUGAUGCACUCCAUGAAGUGCCGCAGUUUCGGCUGUUAUAGCAUGGUCCGGGCGCUGCCGUGAGUGGCUUUACCAUGACGUUAGAUUUGUGUUCCGGAGUACCUGCGCCAAUCAUUGGCGAGCAUAAUGCUCGCUAGAGAUCCCUACGUUCAGAGAUUAAGGGAUAUGUCGGAAGCAAGGUGUAAACUUGGAAACGAAAGCUACAG